CCCCUGCCGCUGCGUCUUCUCCUCCUACAAGAGAGAGAGAGAGAGUGUGUGUGGAGAGGCGAGGCGUUCGAGUUUCGAGAGGAGGGAGGGGGGACAAGGAGGAGGAGCGCACCACCCUCUCGGAGAGGUCGCCUCCGUUCUUGCAUCGUUUUCUUUGGAUAGGGCAGCGCUUUGACAGCUUUGGGGAGUUAGUCGAGAAGUGUGCACAUGGAGUCCAACAGUGGUGAAAUCGAGGAGUUGCCACCUCCCCCACCUUUGCCACCAAAUGCUGAGCCAAUUAAAACUGAUGAUACAAAAAAGUUAUCAAAACCUAAGAGGGCCUUGAUGGCUCGCUCUGGUUGUGGCAAAAAAGGGCAGCCGAUACAGCUGCUGACGAACCACUUCAAGGUUUCACUGAAGGCAGCAGACGAAUUUUUCCAUCACUACUAUGUUAAUCUGAAGUAUGAGGAUGAUAGACCAGUGGAUGGAAAGGGCAUAGGUAGAAAGGUGCUGGACAAACUCCAGCAGACCUAUGCGUCUGAGCUGGCAAAUAAAGAUUUUGCAUACGAUGGUGAGAAGAGCCUGUUCACCAUUGGUGCUCUUCCUCAAGUGAACAAUGAGUUCACGGUAGUUCUGGAAGACUUCAACACUGGAAAGUCAUCUGCAAAUGGUGGCAGCCCUGGCAAUGACAGUCCAGGAAAUGACAGGAAAAGGGUUAGAAGGCCAUAUCAGACAAAAACUUUUAAAGUUGAGCUGAACUUUGCAGCAAAAAUUCCUAUGAGCGCCAUUGCUCAGGCCUUGAGAGGCCAGGAAUCUGAAAACACCCAAGAAGCAAUUCGUGUUAUUGAUAUCAUAUUAAGACAGCAUUCCGCAAAACAGGGUUGCCUUUUGGUUCGCCAAUCCUUUUUCCAUAACAAUCCUUCAAAUUUUGUUGACUUGGGUGGUGGUGUGAUGGGCUGUAGGGGAUUCCAUUCAAGCUUCCGAGCUACACAGAGUGGACUUUCACUCAAUAUCGAUGUGUCCACAACGAUGAUUGUGAAACCUGGUCCUGUGGUAGAUUUUCUACUUGCCAACCAGAAGGUUGAUCACCCAAACAAAAUUGACUGGGCAAAGGCCAAGCGUGCUCUGAAGAAUUUAAGGAUAAAAACAAGUCCAGCAAAUACUGAAUACAAGAUUGUUGGUUUGAGUGAGAGAAACUGCUAUGAACAAAUGUUCACUUUGAAGCAAAGAAAUGGUGAUGGUGAACCUGAAGGUGUGGAAGUAUCUGUUUACGAGUACUUUGUGAAGAAUCGGGGCAUAGAGUUGAGAUACUCUGGUGAUUUUCCCUGUAUCAAUGUGGGGAAACCAAAACGGCCAACUUAUUUUCCAAUUGAGCUCUGCUCUCUUGUGCCUUUGCAAAGGUAUACCAAGGCUUUGAGUACACUACAGAGGUCUUCGCUUGUUGAGAAGUCCAGGCAGAAACCUGAAGAAAGGAUGUCAGUUUUGUCUGAUGUGCUGAAACGCAGCAACUAUGAUUCAGAGCCUAUGUUGAAUUCUUGUGGUAUUUCAAUUGCUCGAGGUUUUACACAAGUUGCUGGCAGGGUGCUGCAGGCCCCCAAGCUAAAAGCUGGAAAUGGUGAAGAUCUUUUUGCACGUAAUGGGCGGUGGAACUUUAAUAAUAAGAGGCUCAUUAAGGCUAGCAGUAUCGAGAAAUGGGCAGUUGUUAACUUCUCUGCACGGUGUAAUAUUAGGGAUCUUGUCCGAGACAUCAUCAAGUGUGGUGGCAUGAAAGGAAUUAAAGUAGAAGAUCCAUUUGAUGUCAUUGAGGAGGACCCUUCAAUGCGACGAGCUCCUGCUGCAAGAAGGGUAGAUGGCAUGAUUGACAAGAUGCAAAAAAAGCUUCCUGGACAACCAAAGUUUCUGCUCUGUGUUCUUGCUGAGAGGAAGAAUUCAGAUAUUUAUGGGCCCUGGAAGCGGAAAUGUCUUGCUGAAUUUGGGAUUAUUACACAAUGUGUGGCCCCUACUAGGGUCAAUGAUCAGUAUAUUACAAAUGUACUGUUAAAGAUAAAUGCAAAGCUUGGUGGCUUGAACUCCCUGCUUCAAAUUGAAACAUCCCCUUCCAUUCCUCUUGUAUCCAAGGUCCCGACAAUAAUAUUGGGAAUGGAUGUUUCCCAUGGAUCACCUGGACAGUCUGAUAUACCUUCAAUUGCUGCGGUCGUUAGUUCUCGUGAAUGGCCUCUUGUAUCAAAAUACAGGGCUUCAGUCCGUUCUCAGUCACCUAAGUUAGAAAUGAUUGAUGGACUAUUUAAGCCACAAGGAGCUCAGGAAGAUGAUGGCCUCAUUCGGGAGUUAUUAGUUGACUUCUAUACCAGUACUGGUAAACGUAAGCCUGAUCAAGUCAUUAUCUUCAGGGAUGGGGUCAGUGAGAGCCAGUUUACCCAGGUGCUGAACAUUGAGCUGGAUCAAAUAAUUGAGGCAUGCAAGUUUCUUGACGAAAACUGGUCUCCAAAGUUUACACUGAUUGUUGCACAGAAGAAUCAUCAUACCAAAUUUUUUGUGCCUGGAUCUCAAAAUAACGUUCCUCCUGGUACUGUUGUGGACAACGCAGUCUGUCAUCCAAGGAACAAUGACUUCUACAUGUGUGCGCACGCUGGAAUGAUUGGAACUACAAGGCCUACACAUUAUCAUAUCCUUCAUGAUGAGAUAGGCUUCUCUGCUGACGAUCUUCAGGAGUUGGUCCACUCCCUUUCCUAUGUCUACCAGAGGAGCACUACAGCCAUAUCAGUCGUUGCACCCAUUUGCUACGCGCAUCUCGCUGCUGCUCAGGUCAGCCAGUUCAUCAAGUUCGACGAGAUGUCGGAGACGUCGUCGAGCCAUGGUGGCCAUACCUCGGCGGGCAGCGCUCCGGUGCCCGAGCUGCCUCGCCUGCAUAACAAAGUCAGGAGCUCCAUGUUCUUCUGCUGAGCAGCCGCUUGGCUGCUAUGUUAUGGCCUGAACUUGUGGAUGUUUUGGUAGUCUUGUUUAUGUCGUGUUUGUUUAAGUACCAGCUGGGGGGUGGAUGUUAUUAGGCUGGAUGCCGCACUUCUGAACCUGUUAGGAUAACUACUGAACCUGUCCAUCUUAAUCGCAGCUUGUUCCAUGCUCUGCUUUGCUGCCCUUA